AUGAUUACAAAUUGGUAUUUAGUCGGUAAUGGUGUAAUAUAUAUAUAUAUAUAUAUAUUUGGUUCCCAGACAACAACAGACCAGCGCCUCUGUAUCUCUCUCUUCAGCGUUUCUCUCUACCUCUCCCAUUAUACUGCCUCUGCCACUCCGCUGCUCUUCUCCCCUCCCUCUCUCACCGCCCUCCACCAGCCGUGCCUCCGCCACUCCUCCUCACGGUCGCCGACAGCUGGAGCAUCGAUUGCAAGCUCUCUCUCUCUCUGUGCAGUUCGCAUUUUGACACAAAAUCUAGUUAGGUUCAGUAACGUCAGGGAAAGAAGACAUUGGAAAUUAUACUGGUAUAUGCAUCAUUGUAGCUACUUUGGGAGUUGCAGAUGGCCAUGUUCAAGGAGGGAUGGUUGGAGACCUAUCCUUCAUGUGCCCUACAUUCAUCCAAAUGGUUUUUGACGUACAAAUGUGGAUAUGACUUUUUUUGACAACUACGGAAGGGCAGUGUUUUUAUAUCUCUGUCUGUAUGUAUAGUGGCUCAUACAAAUUAGUUUUUUUGCGUGGUAAAUAUCUAAAAUUUGGCUUGAUAGAAAUUAGCAUUGGACGUGGUACACAUUAGUUUUUGGGGCGGUACAGAAUAAAUUUUUGGUGUGGUAUAGAUUUCCUUUUGGAUAUUAAAUUUGGUUAAUCCUCUAUUAUGUAUGGAAUUAAAUUAUUGGGGGUUGCAUUAUACUUGAUAUCAAUGGAAUUUGUAUUACAUUUAGAAUUGGACGUUGAAUAUAAAU